AUGGCUGACUGUAGCAUGAGCUCAGAGAACAAAGAAACCACCAUAACUCCACCAUCUAGCAUAACUGAAAGGAAGUUCAUUGGUGAAUAUAUCUUUGUAAAAACGCUCCACGAUAAAUCCCGAGCUGAGAACGCUGAGCUUAAGAAAAACGCAGAAGCUAUGAGCCUUCGUAUGGCUGAGAUGCAAGCUGAAAUAGAAAACCUCAACCAGCAGCUUCAGACUGGCAGAAGUAAUUUUCAGACGGUUUGCAGGGAAAACCAGUUUCUGCAUGGAUACGCAGAAGGUUUGAGAUUAAGAGUUUCAGAGCUCUUAUCAGAGAGGGACAUGCUCAUGAGAAAAGCCAGACGUGAGAUUCAAACUAAGGAAUCAGCCACCACAAAGAACAAAGAGGCUGAAACACCUAAAAUUCAAUUAAUGGAUAAGAAAGAGUUUCAGGAGGAAAAGAGACAAAUCUUGGAAAAUAAAGCUUUGAUAGAGGAGAAACGCACAUUGGAAGCUCUGAGAGUGGAGCUCAAGAUGGAGAAAACAGGGAUUGAUCAGGCAAAAGUUCAAUUAGAAGCAGAGAAAGGAGAGCUGCUUCAAGAAAAAGCACAACUGGCAGCAGAGAAGCAGCAACUAGAGGCUGCAAAGCAACUUUUUGAACAGGAGACUAAAGACCUGAAUGAGGAACAGAUGAAACUGCGCCAAGAAAAGGAUGAAACAGAAGAAAUUAAGAACAAGGUAAAACAAGCCAUUGAAAAACUGAAAGAAGAAAAGAAAAAACUUAAGAAGGACCUUAAAGAGAUGGGGAAUCAUCAGGCAGAAAUUAAGCGUCUGGAAGUGAUGGUGAAAGAUAUUGGGAGGGAGAAAAGAAUUGCAGAAUAUGCCAAGAAAAAUGCAGAACAGGAGAUUGAAGAUCUCAAAAAAGUUCUGGAAGAAGAGAGAAGAGCUUUGGAGGCAGGAAAACAACAUUUAGAUCAACAAAUGAACCUGCUAGAACAGAGAAAGAGGAAUGUUGAGGAGGAAAGUAAAACACUUGAAAUGGAGAAAAUGACACUGAAGGUUCAGGUUGAGAGAUCAGAAAAGGAACAGAAAGAUUUUGAGCAAGAAAAGAAAAACCUCCAGGCUGAGAAGAGUGAUAUGGAAAAAGAAAAGGAGGACUUUGCCAAACAUAGAGUAAAGAUAGACGGUGAGAUGAAAAAACUCCAGGAGGAACUUUGCAAUGAGAAGAAAAAGAACGAUGAAAGAAAACAGCAACUUGAAGAAGAAAUUAGAAAACCUGACUUGACGACCACAAAUCAAAAGGUUCAGGAGGCAAAUGUAGAAAAGAAAGAUGUAGAGAAACAGCUGGCAUCUACUGAAGAACUGGAAGAAAAGCCCGUAAAAGAAGCAAAGAAAAAGAAGAAAGGGUUUUGGCGAAGAAUAUUCAAGUCUCCUAAGAAAUGAAAUGCCUCCUGAUGCUCCAUUUUCCUUCUUCUAUCUUUUACAACAAAAAAAACAACAAAAAUAACAAAAAAAAAUGCUAAAAUUACUUUCCUUUAAAGUUCCUUAAAACAAAAUGAAGAAAAAAAUUUUUAUAUUAAUCUUACAGCUGAUAAUAAACAUUUAACAAAGCUCACAAAUAACAAAUAAUGAAGUGGCUGCUAAACAUUUGUCCACAGUUCGAACACUGUGUGAGGUGAUGUGGAGCUGAUCACAUCAUGUCAGAUCAUAACUUUACUUUCAUAUUAUUGUUUGGGUAAUAUUAUGACUCUGUUUUCAAAAUAUGACUUUAUUCUAUCUGUAACCAAAGAAAACUCUGAUUUCAAGUAGGCAGGCAGAUAGGAUCCAGUUACAAAUUUUAAUAGCAGUUAUAUAAUAAACUAAUAUCUAUUUAAAAAGACAUUUUCA